AUGGAGGAAGAGAAAAUUCUAGCAAUAGAUUACUUGGCUACGACCCCGGUGACAGCCAAAGACAAAAGGCUCAAGGCAAGAAGAGACCCAUGGAUGAGCAGAGUGCUACGCUAUACCCUGGAAGGGUGGCCGACAACAGUGGAUAAUGAAUUACUACCAUACUGGAGAAGACACGAGGAACUGUCCGUCAGAGAGGUUUGUGUGUUGUGGUGCGAUCGAGUGAUCAUUCCGAGAGUUGAGCGUCCAGCAAUCAUUGCUGAACUGCAUUUUGGGCACCCUGGCAUGACCAAGAUGAAGGCUGUUGCGAGAAGUUACCUGUGGUGGCCUGGAAUGGACAAAAAUCUGGAAGGAACUGUGCGAGCAUGUGAAAGAUGUCAACAACGCGUAAAGGCACCACCUCGGGCUCUGCUACACCCACAGUUAUUGCCGAAACGACUGUGGUCUCGCAUUCACGUAGAUUAUGCCGGAUCAUUCAUGGGGAGAAUGUUCCUUGUCACUGUGGAUGCGUUUUCGAAGUGGUUGGAUGUAUAUGCCACCCAGUCAGCUACCACAGAAGUGACGUCCGAGAAACGGAAGACCUCCUUUGCAAUUCAUGGGAUUCCUGAAAGGUUGGUAUCGGACAAUGGCACGUGCUUUACGAGUAGCGAAUUUCGUACGUUUUGCGAGAGUCAAGGAAUAAUCCAUACAAAAUCAACACCUUAUCAUCCGUCAUCUAACCGACUAGCCGAACGGGCUGUACAAACCUUCAAGGAUGGAUCAAGGAAGCUGGAAACAAGAAGCUUGAACGAGACGCUGCAAACAUUUUGUUGA